UCUAUAAAAUUCAUGUUUACGUUUGUUGUUGAACAUUUUCUGGCAGCCGGUUAACUUUGUGAAAAACCACAUAUGAAACACAAAUUCUAUGUAGAUCUAGACUAGAUCUAGUCUGUGGUAAAAUUAAACACGUAUUUCUCCGUUCUCAUUUUAGAUUUACAUGUCGGAGGGUUCAGAUCAGUAAUUCUUUAUCUGAGAUGAAUCGCGCAUUGCCAGCAGUGGUUUCCAGUUCCAGAUCACAGUCACAGUGACAGUCAAGCAGAUCUCUGCCAGGACAAACAAGGCAAGUAUUUGUGUAUAUAGAGUGGAGAACAAGAUUAGCUGGCAAUUUGACCAGUCAGUCACAUUCUGAACUUCUUAUUUGAAUUAGAUGCUUAAAGUAUGUUUUAGGUCUCUUUAUACAAUGAGUCGAAGUGCACACAUUGACAUUGAUGCUAUUAUUGCACAGCUCUUAAGUGUUAAAAAUCAGCCAGGCAAACAGGUUCAACUUCCAGAGGCCCACAUUAGACACCUUUGUGUUGUAUCCAGAGAUAUAUUUAUGGAGCAGCCUAUGUUAGUUGAACUCGAUGCCCCUGUCAACAUCAUUGGAGACAUUCAUGGCCAGUAUGAUGAUCUGCUCAGACACUUUGAUGCUUGCGGCUACCCACCCAAUGCUAAUUAUCUCUUUCUAGGUGACUAUGUGGACAGAGGACGCCAAUCUUUAGAAGUGAUUUGCUUACUACUGGCCUACAAGAUAAAAUAUCCACAAAACUUUUUUAUGCUUAGGGGAAAUCAUGAGUGUGCUUCAAUAAACAGAAUAUAUGGCUUCUAUGAUGAGUGUAAAAGACGCUAUAAUAUAAAGUUGUGGAAAACAUUCACUGACUGCUUUAACUGCUUACCAGUUUCUGCCAUUGUAGACUGUACUAUAUUGUGCAUGCAUGGAGGCCUUUCACCAGAUCUCACAGAACUAGACCAGAUUCGCCAUCUUCAUCGACCCAGCGAUGUGCCUGAUCAUGGACUCCUUUGUGAUAUAUUAUGGUCAGAUCCUGAUGAGGACAUCACAGGAUGGGGAGAGAAUGACAGGGGUGUGUCCUACACAUUUGGUGGAGAUAUUGUCAAGGAGUAUUUAAGGAGGUUUAGUUGCAGUUUAAUUGCUAGAGCACACCAGGUUGUGGAGGAUGGCUAUGCUUUUUUUGAGAAGAGAAAGCUAGUAACAAUAUUUAGUGCUCCCAAUUAUUGUGGUGAGUUUGACAAUGCAGCUGCAGUGAUGAUUGUCUCUGAAGAUCUGACAUGCUCUUUUAAGAUCCUGAAAUUUUUAAAAUCUAUGCGAAAAGCCGUCUCUCGUGCUUUUGUCAAAGAUGCGAGCUCAUCUAAGAAUGAAUCAACAUUAAAAAAAGCAGACAAGCUUCGUGCCUGCAACCUAUCGAGAAUUUGGACACCAGAUCUUCGACACUUAACAGAACUAACUCAUGGUAAAGUUGUAAGUAGUGAUGAAAAUUCUGACUUGGGCACAAUGUCUUCGAACCGUCCACUGAUUACUGACCCAAGUAUAGGAAUGACAUCUCCCAGGUGGAAAGUAACUCCUGGAACUAUUGGCAUUUUCAAUCAUGAUAAUAGUUGCUUCAUGAAUGCUGUCCUUCAAUGUUUAAGCAACACUGAUUCAUUCACAGAGUAUUUUGUGAAAGAUUUCUUUAAAAAUGAUCUUAAAAACAACAAAAAUGGGAAAAAGGGUGUAUUUCGUUCUAACCAUGGAGAAGUUACUGAGCAGCUGGCUCGGUUACUCAAAAGCCUUUGGUCUGGAAAAUACACAAGUGAAAUUUCAAAGGAGUUUAAGUCUGUUGUUGGUAAAGUUAAUGCUCAAUAUAAGGGAGAUCAUCAACAUGAUGCACAAGAAUUUCUUUUGUGGCUUUUAGACCGUAUACAUGAGGAUGUUUGUGUAUUUUCAAAAAGAAAAACCAAGUUACCCAAAUUACCUGUGGAAAAGUCAGAUGAGGAGCUUGCUAUUGAAGCUGCCUCUGUGAAUGGGGAAAGUUUUGUGCUGAAGCUGUUCCAGGCAUUACACAGUUCCACAUUGAUCUGCACUACUUGUGGGGAACGCAGCAGCACUUUUGACCCCUACCUAUGUGUGUCCUUGCCGCUGCCCCAGAGAUGCCCUCGUCUAGUGAAUGUGGUGGUGGUUCCACUGAAACGUGGCCGAACAAUGAAGUAUACUGUGAUAUUAAACCAGUUUGAUAGCGUGAAAGAUUUAAGAGAGCGUAUAGCUUCUGAAGCUAAAUUAGCUGCUAGUCAGUUGCUCUUGGUGCAAAUGAAAGAGGAUGGCUUUGGUUCAACCUAUGGAGAUGAACAACCCCUGAAUGAUGUGGCUGAUAGUGACUUGUUGUAUGCCAUAGAAAUGUAUUCUAAUGAUACUAGCAUGAAUAGUUCUGUACAGGAAUUUGAGACAGCCACUGCCCAGAUUGUAGUAACUCAUGUGGAAACGUUUGCUGGCUCAGGGCGCAACAGCCGAUUCAGUUCUCCAAUGUUGAUUAAAGUACGAAGAGAUAUUACAUGGAAAGAGUUACAAAAGGCAAUAUUGCUGGCAUUAGAGGAUUCAGUUCAUAAAGAAAUAUUUGGACAAAAACUCAGUUUGCUCUUUCAACUAAGAGUGUAUGAUGGCAGUUCCCACAAAGUUUAUUUACCUUCUGAUGUUGAGAUGCCUCUGUAUACACAGAUAGUAGAGAGCGCCUACACUGAGCUUGAAAAUGAAUUUGAUCAGCCUCAUAUCAAACUUGUGGCUGAAUGGGAUUCCACUACAAAGAAAUCUGUCAUCAAAGAUGACAGAGAGCACAUUGAAUUGCAUCCAUCAGUUGUUGAGGCUCAAAACAGUCUACCCACCCAAGGAAAAGUCACACUGGAAGAGUGUUUCAAAUUAUAUACUCAAGAAGAAAAGUUGAUUGGUGAUGACGCCUGGUUGUGUCCACACUGUAAGCAGCAGCAGCAAGGUACUAUCAAAACCCUUGGACUCUGGUCUCUACCAGAUAUCUUGGUGCUGCAUCUGAAAAGAUUUAAGCAGAGUGGUCAGCGUCGGAGUAAAUUGAUGACUCUCGUUGACUUUCCUGUUGAUAAUCUAGACAUGUCUGGUCAUUUGUCACAACGAGAAGGCCUUAGGGCUCCCCUCAAGCGAGACAACUAUAUAUACGACCUCUUGGGUGUUAGCAAUCACUAUGGCAAUAUGAUGGGUGGUCACUACACAGCUUAUUGUCGUAGUCCUGUGGAUGGAGUGUGGCGAGAGUUUAAUGACAACAAGGUGACAAAUCUGGAGGGUCCUAUUGCAACUAAAGAGGCUUAUCUGCUGUUCUACCAGCGCAAGAGUCUCACCAAGGACAUCAACCAAAAGAUGUUUACUGGAGACCACUGGGUGUUCUCCCUUAGUCUGGCACCAAGCCUUGAGGCAGAGCCUAAUCUGGCCAAUGAAGUCAUUUCUAAAACUGCCGACAGUGUAAACCAUACAAAGCGGUCCAGAUCUAGGUCAGUGUCACCUUCCUCUCGUAAACAAAACAGGGAUGUCAGUGUUGCAACAAAAAGUCAACCUUUGACCCCGCAGCCACCCAGGCAUCCUGUGUUGACAUUUUCCAAUGGAGUUGACCAUGACACUGAUUCUAGUCCUGACAGUCCUAAUUCACCACCCUCUUUUAGUUUAACUAACAGAAUGUCAAGGCCUCUUCAACGGCAGGUGACAGAGUCUCACUUUAAGCGAGAGCGGUCAGCUGGUGCUAUCCCAUCAAAUACCUCCAAGCGAGACCUCAAGAAGGAUAGGCCAUUGCUCAGCAGGAGAAGUAUAGAAGAUGAUAUUAAUGGUCUUGAUUACAACAGAAACAAUACAAAAUAUGACUUUACUAAUGGUGAGACAGGUCAGAAAAGGUCACGUGUGAAUGAUAAACCCCAGGUGACUGUGAUUAGACAUGAAAAGUCGAGUACACUUCCAAAUAGCCUUUCCAAAACUAAUGGCUAUGUAGCUUUAGACUCUGAUGCUAAAUACCCUAGUAGUUAUUCUGAUGGCUCAUACCUCUCUUCUUCUUUUGAACCACCAAGCAUUCUUCGAGUGCGCUUGGAAGAAACAGAAAACCAGUACUCCAGGUACGCUGAGUCUGAAGAGGCCAGGCGAAAACUUGCCCAGUUAAUAAAGUCCAGCAGCAUAGACAGAUCCACUGAAGACAGAUACCUUGCCAGUAUAGAUACUAUAGAAGAAGAGACUAGCGCUAAAACCAGGAACCUUAAAAAAUUAAAUCUUCCGAAGCAGAAUUUAAAAGAUGUAACUCAUUUAUUAAACAGCGAUGUGGGAUCUAGACUUGACUAUGACAGAGAUGAAGAGAGGGACACCAUUCUGUUUUCAGGCUCUCAUUACAAUAAUUAUGAUGAUCUCAAUAAGUGGAAGAGCGCUAGGACUAAUGUACUACAACAGUCCUCGAGACUCAGUGAUCAGAAAAAAUUCCAAAAAUUAGCUCAGCAACAUUUUGGCAGUAAUAACGAUAGACCUUAUGAUAAGGAGAAAUACAGAGCCAGAUUUUCUGAUGAUACAACUUUCAGGGACUCAGAUGAUCUUGAAACAGGUUACGAUGCCCUAACAAAAUAUGCCACUUUAGGUAGAAAACAAGAUAUCUCAGACAGAGGCAGACUUGAAAAAGAUGCAAUACCUCGCUCCAGCACAGAUUAUGGCAUUCAGUAUAGUGUAAUCAAUCCUCAGCCUCCUCCUUCGCCCACUCCUCCUCACACAUUACGAGAGGAGAGGACGAUCAGCAGCUCUGGCCUCUCAUCUCUUCCUUCCUCCACAAGUGACUACUUCUCUUCAAGUCGCCUGACUGAAAAGGAGGUAAACUCCCUGUCAUCAUAUGAAUUCCAUGGUAGACCACCCCUGGACCAGAGAGCAGUGGCUCAUACACUUCCUAUUAAGCAGGAAAAGAACCGCUUUAGACCACCUAGAGGUAUCUGGGGCACAAUUAAAUCAAAACCUUCUUCAACACUUGUCAGUAACUUGUCCUCAACAAAUGUUGGCAACUUGCCAACUCCAUGUUUAAGGGAAUCAUCAGUUUAAUUGACCAUUUUUCUUCAUUCCAUGUCUGUGUAUUACUCCAUCCAUAUUUAUAGAUUUUUUUUAAAAUGCAAGAUUCUGCUUCAACUGUACAUUUUUCACUAUUUUCCAAAACAAAUUAUAGAUACUAUAUAUCAAAUUGUUCAAUUGAAUUCUUUGACAAAUUUAUAAUUAUAUAUGUUGUUGUUUUUUUGUUUUUUUUCAGUAGUUCUACACGUUUUUUUUAUUGUUUCUGUACAACCUGUCCAAGUUGUGACAUUGACUGUAAAUACAAUUAGGGAAUAGUGUUCUAAAGCAUUUAAGAAAGUUUUGCCAGUUUCAUACAUUAUAAAUUAGAACUGUUUGAAUCCAACAUUGUUUUCCCUCUUGUGUUGUAUACUUGAAGAAAUAAUGCUUUGAGAAAGAGGUCAGAUAUGUGCCCUGUACUUAAAGUCAUUUGUUUGUUGUCACUUUUAGAACAUAUGUCACUCUUAUCACUUAUGCAAUAUUGUUGGUGAGGUGAAAAAAAAAAAAAAAAAAAGUUGUAUAUAGACAAGAGACCAUGGCGAUGGAAUCAUAAAAAAAACAAAAACUGCUGACAUAAAUAUUAAAUUCAGAUGUUCUGUGUUAAUUCGACGUGUGCAUGUGACAACUUCACUGUUUGUUUGUUUUUUUCUGGGCUUCCAUUUAGAAUCUUCCAAUGAGUCAGUCAAAUAUUGUAUUCAGGUGUUAGUGCAUAUAUAUUUGUAUGUCUCUCCUCUUAAGUGUUACAUUUUUCAUAUUUAUGUGCUGGUGUCAUUUUAUUUGUAAAUGUAAUCAGACUAAUUGAAUAACUUUGAUAUAAGCUAUUCCAAAAGCUUUGUAAAUAAAGUGAAUGAGCCCAUGCACUGUCAAAACACUUGUCCUAUACUUGAACAUUUUGUUAUAGCCAUGAACUAGUUUAUAAAAUUGUAAAGUUGUAGGUGGAAACACGCAUUUGGACAGCUCUUUUGUCUUGUAUUCCUAGGUCCAAAACUUUGUUUGGAAAAAAAGUUGUUCAGACCUAUACAUUAUUCUGUAGUGAAAAACAAAAUGAGUCUCUAAACAUAUGCUGCAGGAAAAAAAGGUGAAAAUGUUAUGAGUUUAAUUGUUAUGUUUUUAUUUUCAAUUUGUAAGUACAAACUAUAAACAUGUCAAGAAUCCUCUUGGAAUUUUAAUUAAUUAACUUAGAAAGUAAAUAGGACGAUUGUGUUGAUGUCUUUAAAUGUGAUGAUUUGUCAAGAAAAUAUUUAUUUUUGAGGAUCAGAUAUAAGGAUUGAUUAGUGUGAAAGAGUUACAUAUUUAAGUUAUCACAGAUCUUUGGUUUUGUAACACAAAUAAGGCAUCAACUGUUUGUACUUGUCUAUGCUGACUUCCUCUUGGGCUCUCCUUACUUGGUUACUCCUCCAACAACAAAAAACAUUUGUCUGAAUGUGUCUGAAUCAACUGUUUGUACUUGUCUAUGCUGACUUCCUCUUGGGCUCUCCUUACUUGGUUACUCCUCCAACAACAAAAAACAUUUGUCUGAAUGUGUCAAUUCCAUGUUUUUUCUAAUUAGAUAACCAAAGGACAUCAUUCAUUUGAAACUUGAACAUUUCUGGUAGGAGUUAGCUAAAGAAUAAAAUGCUUUGACAAGGCCACUACAGUCAUUAAUAAUAUCAUUACCAACAUAUCAGGUCUUAAAAUUACACUAAUGGUCCUUGACUUUGAAUGCAUACCCACACUUUAUCUAAAGAAAGAAACUCCAGUUUCUUGGAUGGUUCCACUGUGUACAGUGAUGUAUUUCUAUUCUCCUAUUUUGUUUUAGAAGUAUUUUACAUUGAUUUUAAACCUGUUUAUAUAUACUCCAAUGCCAACUUCUAUUCAUUGUAUGUGUGUGUUAUGUUUCUUCAUAACAAAAUCUCUUCAUUUUGUAUACAGUCAAAGACUUGUCAAUGAUUUAGAUUUUAUUUUUAAGAAGUCAUGCAGAGCUUUUUUUUUUUUAAAUUUGUAGAGCAUUAAUUUAAUUAUAUUCUUAAAUUGCUAAUUAUUUAUCAUAAUUUUUAAUUUAUUACAUUUUCUUUUUCUUUUCUGAUGAUCCAUUUCUUUCAAGUUUAAGUCCAAAGAUUCAAUAGCAUCAUGUGCUAAACCUUUUGAUCCGUUGUUACUGUGUGAUGAGAUGAACAUAACUUUGCCUUGUCCCUUGCUUACUGUAGCUCUAGGAAUACAACAUUGAGUUCAGAGAAUCAUGGCUUUCACCCAGACCACAAUGUUACGAUGGCAUUUGUUUUAGACUUGUCAGGAUCUCUUCUUUCACUUUGGUUGUGCUUCAAACAUUCCGUUUGAUUUUGUUUUCAGUUGUCAUUUUGAAUCCAUUGCUUGUACAAUCUUAGUGCAGUUUUCCAAAAAAAAUAUUUUUUUCCCCCUAACUUCAUGUAUUAUGAAUUCAAAGUUUUAAGAGCCUCUGCUGCUAUAUAUACUAGGAUGAAAUAACUGUGCAAAGUAGAGCAAAGACAACGUUACAAUGAACUUCUGAAAAUAUAAAAUGAACUCAUUUUCACCUUUUAUUUUAUAUUUCAUAAAACAGCACAUCAAUUUAAUUUAGCUUGUUAAUCAUUAAGAUUUCCAAUUAGCUCUGGCUUAACUCAAAUAUUUUUUACAAUGGUUCUAAUAGUAGUGUAGUAGUAAAACUGUUAGUAGCAAAUGAAACUUGAUUCUGGGGGAAAACAGUCAUGUAGUAAACAUGUAUGGUAAAUAGUUGAGACAAAACAAAAAUUGUAAAAAAGAGUUGAAUUCAAAGAUCUUAUCAGAGAACAUAGAAGUAUUCAGAUGUAUUUAUAUAUCAAAGAUGUUAUUUAUAUGUUGCUGUUUUUGUAUGUUGUAUUAACUUGAAUAUUUGUCUGUAGACAGAGAUUUAGACUCAACAUAUUGUGUGUGCUUUCAUAAUGAUGUGAGAUGACUUGACAAACAAUGGGCUAACCUUAUGCCAUGACCAAACCUUUCUAUUGGCUUCCUUCUGAGGAAAAAUGUAUUAUAGGAAAUAAUGAUGACGAUUUUGGAUCUCAUCUGUUUUCCCUGGUAGGGCCCCUCUCCACCCCCACCCUUUUUUCCCCAGUCUUGUUUGUGUGAGAACACUCCCUACAGAUUGUAGAAAUAUUGAACAUUUUAAGAAUAAUGGGCAGAAAUUAAUCUUUUUUUUUUGUUUGUUUAUUUUGAGAUUGUUUGCACUUAGUUUAUAGUCAAUAUCACCUUAUUUUGAAUUCUAGUGAGUCCAUUGCAAGAUGCUAACAGAAAGAAAGUCAUUGAAGUGGAGAUCUGAAUAUACUCAUGUAUAUAUAUAUCAAAUAAGUCUAUAUUUGUUCAUUAGGAUGAUUCACAUUGUAUUUGUUAUGUUAUUGUUGUAGCUUACUUCCAGUAAGCCCUAGUGAAGAUAUUAGAUGUUUUGAAAGAUGUACUCCAGUGAAUAACAGAUUCUAUGACUUCUACACCAGAUACAAGAAAUGUUAUAUGUAAAUAAUUAAGUAAAUACAACUUGCCCCAGAGAUUAUGUGAUCCUUCAAUUUAAGUAGAGGAGCCAGUCUGUGUUGAGUACAUCAGUCCGAGUGGAGUAUCUUGUGGUGAUCAGUCAGUGUGGGCAGUACUUGAACAAUUGUUCUACUCAGGAAUGUUCUGCAGUCCCUUAGAAAUUAAAUCCAGAAGAGUGGGAUCUCAAUGCCUAUGGCUCAUUGGCUGCUCGUUUUAUGCCAUAUUGGCUGUACAUGGCUAUACUAAAUGUCAAGUGAUGUGUAUGAAUAUCUGUUAAGGUGUCUGAGAGUUUAUAGAGAGACUUUUUUUUUGUUGUCUUUAACAAAUGAAAAUGGCAAAUUUAAUUCUUUAAGUGUACAUUUUGUUCAUAUUGUUUUGGUUUUGUACAUUGUAUGUUGUUUUUGAUGAGUGUAAUAUAUCCAAGGAGCUGAAUGUAACAAGUGAUUGAUGUCAAUAAGUUUCUGCUAGAACUCAAGCAUAAUACACUUGCUUGUAGCUCUCUAGUGUGUAUUUCUUGUUACUUAACUGUUUUCUUGAUCAAACCCAUUGGCCAUAAUUCACUUUUGAUUAUAGCAUUCCUUCAGUUGAUGUGUUCCCGGUACCACUAGGACAUUCUCUUUGAGUUUGUAUAUUCUAACCAAACAUUUCUAAGAGUCUCAUUAGAGCUUGCUACUUUUUGUGAUAUUUACAACAUUCUGUGGGUGUGUUUGAACUCUUUCAUUACUGUGAAGUAUUUAGCUCAUGACAUACAAGUCAAUUUAGUUGGGACUUUUUUUUUUUUUAAUUAUACUGGUAACUUAAAUUCAUUUACAUGAUACAGUACUGUCCUAGGAUAAAAAAGUCACUUAGAUUAAUUCAUCUUAAUGCAUAAUUAUACCAGAGCAGCUGUGUAGUCUAUUUAGUCAGGAUGAUCCUAAAAGUAGCUCAAUCAAAGAUUUGAGCAGCUCAAUUUCCAUAUGCCUGAUGUUUAUAGAUGAAUAUAUCUAUCUAUAUCAUAGUGUAAAAUAAUGUUACCAACAAAUGUCUUCUUUUUACCUAGACUAUUGACAUUUUGACAUGAGGAUGUGAACACAAAGAAACUUUUUAUUAUGGUACUUGGUGUUUUAUAGACAAAACUCAGUUGUGGAACUAGAGAACUAGUUAGGACGCACAGAAUGUGUACUUAUAACAUUCCUUGCCAACACCCAAGGGAUAAGGAACCAUUCCUGGAUGUUGGUGUUAUAGUAUCAGUAGAUAGACUAUGCUAAGGACUGAUAGUCUUUAUUUUCAAGGGAUACAUGACUGUAUGCUCAAUGGCUACUCUAGGUCAGAUCAUGACCACUGUGUUAGACAGCCAUGACAGGAAUCUUCUCAUUUGGAGUGAAUGAAAUUUUUCUUUCUCUCUUUUGUAGAUUCAUUCUUCAUUAUUUUGUUUGUUUCAUAAUAAAUGUUUUUUUUUUAAAA